CACCGAAGUAGGUAUAUGGUAUAUCACGAAUUCACGAUAUGUACGCAAUUGAUGAUGAUAACAAAUCGACGAUAUUAUAGAUUAUAGUUUAUUUUAACUUUUAAAAGCUACGAUUACUGCGACGAUGAUGGCCGGAUACGUUUCAAAUCGCUCGGGCGCCUCACUGCGAUUGUUAUUAUCGGUGAAUUCCAACAACAACAACAACGGCGCCGCAACGAAUUUGUACGACCUAUUCGGCGUCCAGGCUAGAUAUUUACACAAAAAAGUAAAAAGAAGUAUACCAUGGGUACCGCCACGAAGCAAAUUUGAAGGAAAUGCCAAGGCCAUAGCAUCAAGAGGGUUUUUAAGGCCACUUAAAGAAUAUGAUCCUCCAUUAGAUAUCAGGAAUGUCAUAAUAAAAAUAGCAAAUAAUACAGUUAAUCAAACCAAUGUGUCAUACACACUUAAUAAAAAUGAAAAAAUCCGUUUACUUAAAAAAUGUGAAGAACUGGUUGACCAUAAAGUACCAAAUUCGCUUUUACAUACUCUGAAUACUUUAGGUGAUGUAUUUGAAUUUUAUGAGACACCUGUAGACACAGUUGUACCAUAUGAUGCACUUCAGAAUCGUGAACUUCCCCCUAAUCUCCAUAUAUUAUCCGAUUAUCAUAGGUUCCACCCAGAGACAGAUCUAAUGUUUGAUGGUGUCACUGCAUUCCCACGCAGUUCCAACUUGGUUACUGGAUUAAAAACGAAAAAAAAAUACAAAGGAUUUACUACUUUGUCUCCUUAUGAUUAUAAAGAUUAAAAUUAUUUUGUAUUAUAAUUUUUAGAAGAAUAUUAAAAGUAAACAGUAAUUUUUAUUGA